AUGUCGUCACAACAACAUAAUGGAUCUAAUGAAUUGAUUAGUAAUUUUAGUAUACAAUCUAUGUUAAAUUUAACUGAUGAACAAGAACAUUCUACUGUGAAAUGUUCUAUGAAUAACUUGAAUGAUCAUGACACUACUGAAAAUACAAAACAAGAUCUAUUAUCUUUGAGUCCAUUCAAUUCAAAUAUUAUAAAUACACCAUUGACUAAUAUUGAACAUAAAUUGAAAGAAAAACAACUUAAUAAUAAUGGUUUACAAAACUAUGAAAUGAAUGAUAUUUUUCAUAAUCUAAUCAGUAAUCAUUGUCAACAACAUUAUCAUCAAACAUAUAAUCUUCAUCGAUAUUCAACAUCGAAUAAUACAUGGGAAAAUUAUUUGAAUUCUAAUCAUUCUAAUAAUAUUCCUGUUACUUUAUUAUCUGGAUUAUCAACAACAUCAACAAUGUCAACAACGCCAACAACAGUACAUAAUGAAAAUAUGAAUCAUUCAUCUGUUAUGACUAAUCUUACAUUACCUGAAGAUACUAUGAAUUAUCAAUCAACCAGUGAUUCUUUGUCGAUUAGUCCAUCAACACCACAAUCAUUAAAUUAUUCAUUAUCUGAUCCGAUGUUAUCAAAUAAUCCAUUGAGUAGUUCGCCUAUACAAAGGAAACGCAAAUUGACUGAUCAUAUUAAUAGAAAUGAGAAUUGCAUGAAUAAUAACAACUAUUAUGAACACAAUGACAACAAAGAUGAAAAUCAUGAAAGUAAACGACAGCAUUUAUCAGAAGAUAACGAGAAGGAGGAAGGUGAUGACAAUGAUCAUGAUGAUCAAGGUGAAGAUCAUGAUGGUGAUGAUGAUGAUGACGAUGAACCAAAUGAAGAUGAUAAAGAAAGUAAAGAGAAUGAAAAAGAUGAAGAUGAUGUCAACAGUGUUACAGAUGAAAUAUCAAAAUCGAAUAAAACAAAAGAGAAUCCUGAUUCGGAUAAACCACCAUUCAGUUAUAAUGCAUUAAUUAUGAUGGCAAUUAGAAAUAGUUCAGAGAAACGCUUAACAUUAAAUGGCAUAUAUGAUUUUAUUACAACUAAUUUUCCAUAUUAUAAAAACAACAAACAAGGUUGGCAAAAUUCUAUCAGACAUAAUUUAUCACUAAAUAAAUGUUUUGUUAAAGUACCACGUGCAUAUGAUGAUCCAGGGAAAGGUAAUUAUUGGAUGCUUGAUCCAUCAUGUGAAGAUGUAUAUAUUGGAGGUACAACUGGAAAAUUAAGACGUCGAACAAAUUCAUUACAACGUAGUCGAUUAUUUAAUCUACGUUUGGCUAGUUAUUAUGCAUCAUUGGCUAGAAAUUAUUCAAUUCCAUCUAAUGUUGAACAGUUUUCAUCAACUCCACUUGCAAUGUUUCAUCAUCAUCCUACAGUAAUGCAUAAAUCACAGUUCAUAUCAAAUAAUAAUAGUAAUGGCCUAAAUUCAUUUCAUCCAUCAGUUGAUGAUGUACCACCGUUCUUAGAUUUAUUUAAUCGUAUUUCAGUCGAACAAACGCCAUUUUUAUCAUCACCUUUCCUAAAUCCAUGCAGUAAUCCUGUUUAUGACAACUCAUUUUACAACAGAUCAUAUGUACCAAAUAAUUAUGAACCAAUCUUAGAUCAUUUAAGUAUUCAUCGAUCCAACGCCCAUAAAUAUAAUCCCAUUUCAGAACAUUUAUCUCCUCCUCCACCUCUAUCGUCAGCGCCAUCAACAUCACCACUGACGUCGAUAAAUCUAUCAUCUAAGUUAUCAGCAUCACCUCUGUAUCCUCUUUCUCAUGGACAAUAUCCUCCUUCAUUGAUGAAUUCUUAUCCCAAUUCAAUGUUACGCAAUACAAACGAAACUAAAUUCUCUGAUGAACAGUGGCUUUCAAGUAAUCUUAAAUUAGAUUGUUCUAACUCAAAAAUAUGGGAUACACCAAAGUCCCAAAUUAAUAGUUUAUCUACAAACAAACAAUUAACAUCACCAACAAAAGGGAUCAAUAUUUCUCCACAGAGUAGUACCAUGAUGAAAAAACUAAUGUUAAUGAAUACUGAUUCACAACAGAAACAACUGAAUAAAGCUCCUGAAAGAAAAAUUCAAGAAUCUAUGGAUUUUUUAUUAGGUGUGUAUGGAUCACUUUUAAAUACACACUCUGACAUAAUCAAGAAUACAAAUAGUUAUGUUCAAUUUCAGAAUAAUAGAGAUAACGAUUUACACUAUACUUUACCUGUAAAUGGGGCAAAAAUCUAA